AGAGACAGGAAUGCCAACCCCCACCUUCAGAUAAGUUCUGACAGCUGAAAAUCGAGAAGGGGAGGAGAGAAGCGGGCCGAGCGGCUAUUUUUAAACUUCCAUUCAUGCAGACCAGAACCAGGCAGAGGAGCUGUUUCCUCACUACCACCCCUCCCUCAUAAGGGGACCAGCCUUCUGGAUCUCUCCAUUCCGCCUGGCGAGAAACUUCGGGAGGCCUGACCCCCGUUUAAGACCACGAGACACGGCCGGUCUGGAAGAAGUUCUCAAACACGACCGCUGAAAUCAAAGAGGAAGACGAAGAAACGUUUUGGCCAACAUGGCUCUGCUAUGCUACAAUAAAGGCUGUGGACAGACGUUUGACCCCAGCAACAACAAGGAUGACUCCUGCCUCUUCCAUCCAGGAGUUCCCAUCUUCCAUGAUGCCCUGAAGGGAUGGUCCUGCUGUCGGAAGAGGACAACUGACUUCUCAGAGUUUCUCUCCAUCAAGGGCUGCACCCGCGGUCGCCACAGCAACGUGAAGCCUCAGGAGCCUCUGAGGCCGGAGGUGUCGACGGAUAAGGGCGAGAGCAAGAACGCCAACUGCCAAGAGAUCAUCUACCAGGGCCCCAAAUCUGCUGAGAUGUUGCAGAAGGAGAGACCCAGUUCAGAUGAGCCCAUGACCAAGCUGCCCCACAAAGUGUCGGCGUCUCUGGUUCAGGUUCUGGCAAAACUGGACAUCAACAAGACCUCCAGCAGCGGGACCAAAGAGAGUCAGACCGUCAUGCAUGGCACCCGCUGCAAAAACGCCGGCUGUAAAACGAUCUAUCAAGGCCCAGAGACGGACUUGGAGGUGUGCACCCACCACCCUGGAGGUCCCGUCUUCCAUGAGGGAUAUAAAUACUGGAGCUGCUGCUGCAUAAGAACGACAGACUUCAAUGCUUUCCUGGACCAGAAAGGCUGCACCACGGGGAAACACCGCUGGGUUCCAAAGCAGGACAAGAAGAAAGUGGCGUGUCGACAUGACUGGCAUCAAACCGGGAAUACUGUCGUCAUCACAAUUUAUGCCAAAAAUGCACUUCCUGAAUUCUGUACGAUAGAGGCCAACCGGACAGUGCUCUCAUGUCAAAUCCAGUUUGAGAGUGAUAAGAUUUUCAAGAGGAACUUCCACCUCUGGGGGGUUAUUGAUGUCAAAAAGAGCGCCGUCAACUUGGUCCCUUCCAAAGUAGAAAUAACCCUUCGCAAAGCCGACCAGGUGUCCUGGGGCAAACUGGAGGACCCCAACCACAAGGCCGAGCCAGAGCCCGUGGAGGAGGCGGUAACGGAAAUGCCAGAGCCGUACAAUCCGGACUGGGACAUUGCAGACGAUGACAUCAGCGACUCGGAUGAAGAGUGGGCUUACGACACCCAGGAGAACAGAAAGGCGAAGAGCAAAGAGGAUCAGGAGGAGACGAAGACGGAGGAGACCGAGCAGAAUCUGAAGAGGAAGCAGGUGGAGGAGGAGAUGAAGAACGCAAUGAGGGAAAAGCUGAGAGCGGAGGAGGAGAAGAAGAGGCUAGAAGAGCAGAGAAAGCAAGAGGAAGAAGGAUAUGAAGACAUGCCUGAUCUUGAGGACCAUGAUGCUGAUGUAGAGUGAAAACAACAACUCCCUGCUUGAGAUUUUGUAGAAAAUAAAGCUAAACAUUUGCCUCUAAAGUUUUCUCAUUCUUAAAAAAAAAUCUAAUUUAUUGAUAUUCUGGAAGUGAUUUCUUACAUACCCACAAUUUGUUUGUUUUUAUGACCACAAUCCUCUGAGUGAGGUUGAAGUGUAAUUUAUCACAAGUACAGACUAAACUAAGACAUACAGUCUAAUCAGUGGUUUAGUGUCCCUUGAGUUUUUCUGCGAUUGAUUAUUCAUUGAAAGGCCUAAUGACUAAUUAGAGAAUCCACUGGCUCUGCGGUUCACAGUUUUGGUCCUUAAGAAUCACACUUCCAUACAUGUGAGCUUUUCAUCAUUACAAGGUCACUGCCUACUCUGCCUUUGUUCCUCCCUGAAGCUUCCUAGUGCUGGAAAAGAAAACAAAUACUUGAUUUAAGCAUUACAGAUGCAACUAUUUUAGCAUUUUCACACACAUCUGUAUCUCUGGCUUUUUUUAAAAAUUAAGUUAGUAAAGCUUGUAGCCAGUGUGUUCAAAAUAAAUCAACUAAAACUAAAUUUAAGUUGGAAAAAAAUAGAUUAGUGGUUUUGAAAUGUGGAAAUUUAAAUAAAAAAUAAGCAUAAAGAUCCCUGAAUUGGAUCACAACUCAUCCAACAGCAAAAAGCAGGGCAGGAAGAAAUAAUAUUCUAACAAGCUUCAUUUAAAAAAAAAAAAAAAAAAAACUUUUAGGCAAAAAAUGCCUUUUUUAAAUAGUUUUUUUUCAUCUUUACUAAAAACUAGGGCUGGGAAUCGAUUUUAAAAAUUAACUAUUAAUCACAAACCUCAAAAAAAUGAAUUUUGAGUAAUCGCAAAAAAAUUUUCUCAUGUAGUCUGACAGUACUUCUAGUUUUAUGGCUUAUUCUACUGCUUUUAAAUAUGUGUAUAUGAUUUUGUUUUUAGAUAUUGCCAAGCACUUUGUUACGCAAUGUUGUAUGGGAAGUGCUACAAAAAAAAUCUGAUUUUAUCCUUUUAAUUUUAUUUCAGUGCCCGAAUUGUCAAAUAAAAUCAACAUUUAGCCUGAUACUUCUCAGAGAAGAGGUACGUUAGAUUAUUCCUUACACUGAUGACCUUGUUUUCUUUCUUUUCUCUACAACUGCAUAAUUCAAAGAAACAACCAACACAAGAUCCACACUUCAAUAGUUUGUUUAAUCUCCAGAAGGUUGCACUGACUUUGUCUUUGUUAUACACUGCACAUUAGAACACCAAAAAAAAACACCUCGCAAUAUACAAGGUCGUGCAACAUCUAGUCUGGCUCCCAGUCUUGAUAUGCUGUUCUGAUGAGAGAUGGGGGUGUGGUGCAUUCACAAUGUUGUUUAUUGAGUUACUGCUGCACAAAAAUGGCUAAAUGUUUGGGAUCGGCAGAGUUCAGCAGACGUCUUCCUUAUCUGCUCCAGGUAAGUCUUUGGAAGAGAUCAGUCCAAAAUAAAAUCUUUGCACUUUAGCCCCCCUUAAUAAAAGAAGGAAAAAUAUAUAUAGCAAUAAAAAAAUACAACACAUUCAAAGGAAAAAAAAUAUUGAUUAUAACAUCUUUCAAAACAGGUAAGUACGUAUUCCAAAAUGGCUUUUAUGUAUGCGAGUUCCUGGGCAACUGUGCGGUCAUUUUCUGGUUAAAUCAAAAAGCAAUGCAUAAAAGAUUCACUUCAAAAAUGACUUUACACAGACUGAACGUCACUCUUGUUUUAACAACUCAUUCAAAGUCAAUAAAUAACACUCAGAAAUUUCAAUAUGUUGCCUCAAAAGCACAGCUUACCUAUACGGUUUAGGAGUACCUUUUCUGCUGCCAGGACAUCUUAUUACACUGAAGUGAUAGUAAAGGAGCCAUCACAUGUACAUGGGAGCAAUUUUGAACAACACUUGCUUCCGUACCCCUUAAUAUUUAGCAUUCUUUUAUGUUUGCAUACAUUAAAUAUUACCAAUACUUUUAUCUCUAUACAUUUGUCAUAAAUAAAAUCAUUUCAUUGUUAAAAAAAAUCAUUUAUAAACACUCAAAAUCUAAAACGUACGCACGCACUCACGGAAACAACUCCCCCCGCCCCUUUAAGUUUGCUUCUUUGUAAAGUGCAAGGCAAGAUACAAGUACAGUAAACUUUGAAAUGUAUGCACACGACAGCUUUUGCUUGUAAAGCGCAUCAGAAGUUCGCAAACUCCCAGGGAUGCCUCGAUUUGAAAUCCAAACUACAGACUUGGCACAAAACCACUAAAGCCUCAAAGGUGUAGAGCGUAUAGCUGGCACACUAUGGAUA